GGCGCAGCACAAUGCCGUUCAGGUGUAAAUGUGUUGCAGCGUGAUUUCGGAAAAUUGUUAUUACUCUUAAUAGCAACAAAAUAAAAAUUGGUGUGGCGCAGAUACUUUUUCGUCUCGUAAAGUCGGUUCAGAACAGAAAAAACUGUGAAAAAUAUAAACAAAAAAUUUUAAUUAAAAAAACAGUUUGCCUAAUAAAUGACUUUUUAUACAGCAAUAUUUGGUUAUUUGAUUGCAAAUAACUGCUUAGCAGAAGAGCAGAAAAAAUUCACGAAAAGGAGGACAAACAAAAAAUUUACUAUGCCUUCAAUAGCAGUUCGCCUGCUCACUUCGCUGCUCAUCUUACAUUUCUGUGUCGCCUUGCUGAGUCGCAAUACGGGCGCAGUCACACCACAACGACAAUGUCUGGAUGCCACUAAUCAAUAUGAGUCGCCAACUUUGCCAAAGCUGCCCAUACAGCAACAAUAUUUUCAUCCCAAUAUGCUUCUUGACCAAACAUUCGCACAGCUCAAAGUACAACAACAACCCGCUGCCAUGUUCUACAGAUUGCCCAAGCAACAAAAUGAUAAUGAAAUCGACCAGAAUAGAAACCCGCAGUCACUUUUACCCGAACAUUAUUAUGGGAGAGGCGCUUAUGAGAAGUCACUGAGUGUACAUCAACCCCAACAAUUUUUUUACAAAAAUAAAGAAACCAAUAACGAUGAUGCUUACAAUGCGCUGGGACCUAAAUAUGAGCUCUCAUCACGCGUUCAAAAUGUUCCUGCAGCUGCCUACAAUUUUCCGCGCUCCGCAAACAGUCAUCCAUCGCGCUCCCAAUUAGCCAGAAAAUCCGCCGAAAUUGUAUACGCACCACACGCGUUGCCGCCAGCACAAAACUACCGAACCGAUCGUGAAAAGCAAAUAUCAUUAAUUGGCAAUGGCUUCGGUGGUCAGCCAGCUGUUAUUACGUCAACAAGUCGCGCACAACCAGCCACUUAUCACAAAAGUCAUUCCAAUCAGAAGUACUAUGCACCUAAGCGUCGCACGGAUGUGAGCACCCCAUCAGCAUAUGACACCCUCUUACCUUAUCCACCUUCGUUUAUCAGCAUUACCAGCACAAGCACGACUGCGUCACCACCGCACAGCGCACAGAGCAAGAAUGCUGGCUAUGGUGACAAAUGUGUUAGACAAUUUCCGGAUAUCUUUGCCGUGCGUCAACAAAAAUCUUUAAUCGAUUCGUAUAUACCCAGCUGGGUGAUGGCGCGCAUGCUACAACAACAUAAAUGGUUGCAACAAAAACAAUUGCAUCAAUUUACUGCUACUUAUACAUUGGCGUACCCCAUUACGAAAAAGUCCACCUAAAAGUAGGCUACAUUGUGUGUAGUUGCAUGAGAGUUGGAAUUUUAAAAGUCAAUAUUGCAAAAAUUGUCCACCACUGUUGCCUAGCUUUAGGUUGCUGCUUUUUAUAAGCAGCUAAUAUUUUAUUAGUUUUUUACUUCUUGAAAGCCAUUUAUCAGAUUGAUAUCAUGCAUGUUUUUGUAUAUAACCGCUCUGAUACAGUUAGAAUAUAAUUUUAUAAAUUUAUAUGUAA